AUGACAUCGCCAACCAAAGCAUCAGGGCUCUCCCUCGCGGGAGGACUCCUCUUCAUCCUCCUCCGCUGCUACGCCCUAGCCGCCCGUCGCGGCAUCUCCCUCCAACACUGGGAAACUUGCGCCUUCUUCCGCUUCGCUCUCCUGUACCUCACCCCGCAGCAAAUCCAAUUCCUCACCCCAUCCACCCAGCAAAACUACACCACCUGGCUCACCACCCGCCAAUCCCGCGCCGCCGCCCAACUCACCAAAACCCCCACCACCACCACCACCACCACCACCACCAACCCCAAAACCGCCGAAGCCGCCUUCCUCGCCUCGCGCCUCCACCUCGACACGGAACCCCUCCCCGACGGCGCCUCCUCCCUCCUCUGGAUCGGCGACCGCCACCGAGCCACCAAAUUCGUCUACUUCCUGCACGGCGGCGGCUACAUCGCGCCCGGCCGCCGCGGGCACAUGGAGUGGUGCGCCCGCGCCUACCUGCUCGCGUCGCCCGCCGUUGCGGCCCGUGGUGGUGGUGAGGAGGAGGAGGUUGCGGUCGCCGUGCUGCAGUACUCGCUCGCGCCGGCGGCCAAGUAUCCGACCCAGCUGCGGCAGGCCGUGGAUGGGGCUAUGGAGGCGAUUGUGGUGGAUGUUUUGGAAGGGGUGGAGGAGUAUAAGGUCGAGGUGAGGGAGAAGAAGGGGUGGGUGGCGCCUAUGGAUUUGGAGGAUGUUGAGGGGUGGUUUAGGGGGCUGGACCGUGUGACUAAGGCGGUGUAUGUUACGGCGGGUGAGCAGGAGAUUUUGCUGGAUGAGGGGGUUGCCUUCGCGGAUGCGGUGCGAAGAGGGAACCCGGGGAUUGCUGUGAAGUUGGAAGUGACGAAGCAUGAGGCACACGACUGGAUCUUGUUUGAAGGCGAGAAGGCACUCGAUGGCGAUGCAACGCAGAGGAUGCGGGCUUGGUUUAGGGCUCCCCCAGCCUCUCCCAACUCACCCUUCGCGGUCUCGAUCAAAAUGACUCUGUUCUCUUCCCUAACAUCUUGUUUUCGGCGUAUCAUUAAGCGAAAUGCGCCAUUCUCUCCGCUACAUGCAUCCCUGAUUGCCAUCUGCGGCGAGGACGAUGUUGCCGUUCCUGGCCAUGUGUCGUAUGAUGACUGGGCAAGGCCGUACAACUGCGACGAAUCCGUGGCGGUCGCGCCGGUGGCCAUCACUCGGCCCGCCAACGCACCAGAAGUUGCCGAGAUUGUCAAAUAUGCUAAAGCAAAUGACUACAAGAUUCAGGCGAAAUCUGGCGGGCAUUCAUAUGCGAACUUUGGUCUCGGUGGUCCAGGCGCCAGAAACGUCAUAGUAGUAGACCUUACCCUACUUCGCUCCGUACAUGUCGACAAGACUACGUGGAAUGCCCACCUCGGUUCGGGCUGUCUCCUCGGGGAUGUCACGACCCAGCUGCACGAGCUGGGAGGACGUGCCUUUGCCCAUGGAGUCUGCCCUGGCGUAGGCAUCGGCGGCCAUGCCACAAUUGGGGGAUUGGGCCCCAUGUCCCGGAUGUGGGGAUCGUGUCUCGACCAUGUCAUCGAGGUAGAGGCCGUUACGGCAGAUGGGACUAUCUGUCGCGCCAACGAAAAGGAGAACGCAGACCUUUUUUGGGGUAUCCGAGGUGCUGGAGCUAGCCUGGCAAUUGUGACCGAGUUCGUCGUACGUACACAUCCGGAACCGGCUACUAUUGUCCAGUACUCGUAUACUUUUGCCUUUGGCGAGCACAACAUGGCGCACGUCUUCAAGGCAUGGCUGGACCUUGCCUACGACCCUGACCUGGAUCGUCGGCUAGGUACCCUCUUCAUUAUCACCGGGCUCGGAACCGUUAUUGAGGCUAUUUACUACGGCACUACAGAAGAAUACGAGAAGAGCGGCAUCUCUAAACGCCUGCCACAGCCGUCAGCUACGACCAUUGUUCUCGAGGGGUGGCUGGGCCAUCUGGUACAAGUCGCCGCCACGGAGGGCCUCAAGGCGAGCAAUCUCUCGAUGCCUUUCUAUGGCAAGAGCCUGGGCUUUCGCCAACAGGACAGAAUCACCGACGAGGCGGUGGACAAGAUGUUCCAGUUCAUCUCCGAUGCGCCGAAGGGCCACCCAGAGGCAUACUUCAUCAUCUUCUCGGCCCAAGGCGGCGCCACCAAUGACAUGCCCUCGGAUGCGACGGCCUACGCCCACCGUGACAAGAUCAUGUUCUACGAGAGCUACGCCAUUAACAUCCCCUCGAUCAACGCGGAUAACAGAGCAUUUAUCUCAGGGUUCCAUAGCCUCAUGAUGGAGUCGUUAUCUACGCCGACGCUGGUCUCGACCACGUAUCCCGGGUAUGUUGACCUCGAUCUAGGGACCGGAGCUGUUUCCGGUCCCGCGUAUUGGGGUGACAACUAUCCUGCGCUGCGGCUCACGAAGUCCAAAUGGGAUCCGAGCGAGCUCUUCUACAAUGCGCAGACUGUUCGUCCCGUCGAUCCGGAUGUUUAG